UUUGUGUCGCUUGUUGCCACUCAGUCUCCAGGCGGUGUGUGGCACAGUUUACCGCUGACCUGCUCCUCUUUCUACUUUUAAAAACGGAUUUCAAGCGUUUGUGCUGAUGUAGCCUCAGUAUAGCUCGUUAACUCACCCGGACCGGUAAUCUCAUAUAUUCACUUGUAUGGUCAGUAAGUAAUGUUCAUAUCCUCCGACCACCUCAGGAUGCUGACAGUCACUUGGGUGGGGCUGACGCGGAUGACAGUACAGGGGAGCAGAUCCCAAGGUUAAAGACAGACCGCAUAUUUUAUCUCACCCUGCGCGGUUGCUCGGUGAAGUAAUGACCAAGCAGGAGUCGAAGAAAGGCGGCGUCGCCGAGCAGGUCAACAACGGCCCGGUGGAGCCGCGCUGUCCGGAGCAGAGCGCACCGAUCAAAGCCAAGGUGAUGAAGCAGACAUCCAGGGAGAGCCUGCACCGGCGAAACACCGAGUCCGAAGUCUACGACGACGGAACCAACACCUUUUUCUGGCGAGCUCAUACUGUGACAGUGCUCUUCAUUCUGACCUGUGCACUGGUCUACGUCACACUGUUGGAAGAAACCCCACAGGACACGGCCUACAAUACUAAGAGGGGGAUUGUGGCCAGUAUCCUGGUGUUCCUCUGUUUUGGAGUGACACAAGCCAAAGAUGGACCCUUCACAAGACCACAUCCAGCGUACUGGCGGUUCUGGCUUUGUGUCACUGUCGUCUACGAGCUGUUCCUCAUCUUUAUCCUGUUCCAGACGGUGCACGAUGGGCGGCAGUUCAUGAAGUACAUUGACCCUAAGCUUGGGGUUCCCCUCCCUGAGCGUGACUAUGGAGGAAACUGCCUCAUGUACGACCCAGGCAACAACACCGACCCCUUUCACAACAUCUGGGACAAGAUGGAUGGCUUUGUUCCAGCUCACUUCUUGGGAUGGUAUAUCAAGACGCUGAUGAUUCGGGAUUGGUGGAUGUGUAUGAUAAUCAGCGUCAUGUUUGAGUUCCUGGAAUACAGCCUGGAACACCAGUUACCUAACUUCUCCGAGUGCUGGUGGGACCAUUGGAUCAUGGAUGUGUUGGUGUGUAACGGUCUGGGGAUCUACUGUGGCAUGAAGACUCUGGCCUGGUUGUCAAUGAAGCCUUACCAGUGGCAGGGCCUGUGGAACAUUCCUACAUACAAGGGGAAGAUAAAGCGUAUAGCCUUCCAGUUUACACCGUACAGUUGGGUGAAGUUUGAGUGGAAGCCUGCCUCUAACCUUCGUCGCUGGCUUGCUGUGUUAGGCAUCAUCUUCAUGUUUCUGCUGGCGGAGCUGAACACCUUCUACCUGAAGUUUGUGUUGUGGAUGCCCCCUGAACACUACCUGGUGCUGCUCCGCCUAGUCUUUUUUGUAAAUGUUGGAGGUGUAGCCAUGAGGGAGAUCUACGAUUUCAUGGAUGACCCGAAAUUCCAUAAGAAGCUUGGCCAGCAGGCGUGGCUGGUGGCGGCAAUCACAGUGACGGAGUUCCUCAUAGUGGUCAAGUAUGACCCCACUACCAUCAUGCUUCCCAUUCCCUUCUUCGUUACGCAGUGCUGGUUUUUAGGAAUCCUCCUGAUCUUCACCUGGACCCUGUGGCGAUUCUUCAUUCGUGACAUCACACUGCGCUACAAAGAGACCCGUCGACGUAAACAGGAAGUCCCUGCUGACUGGGACCGCCCCCUGGGCAACGGCAGUUCAGCUACUCCAUCCGGACGGAGCAAACUGAACGGUAGCUCGGAGACGCUCCGGCAGAGGAAGUCCUGAGAGGGAACACAGUGGCUGAAGGGGGAAAGGACAAGGUUUAAUGGGGAAAAGAAUGAAGGAAAAUUGUGAUACGAAGACACGUGUAGAGGCAAAAAAGAUUACAGAUGGACACAUCUACAGUGUGUGCAGUUUAGACUGUUCUUGUGCCUACAUGAACCAAGUAGUUAUUAUUCACAGACAAGGGGUGGAAGGGGCCAUUUUCAUUGAUUGCAUUGUCUAGUUGUUGUCAUACUACAGGGAUUUACCUCAAUUUUUUUAAGAACAUUUUGGGAAUUAUACACAGGAGGAGAUACAUUUUGUGUUAUUUAUACUUUGCUUUGGAUGUUUGGUGAUGAGGGGAAAAUGAUGAAUCAGAGAGUAGCGGAGAGAGGGAUGGUAGGUGACUGGGGAAGCAGAUACACUCUUGACCAAUAAUCAAAAGCAGUUUCCAUUUUCUCAUCCUCCUAAGAAGUAGUGCAGCUAAGUUUCAGGAACAUGGCAGCCACUGUAAAUAUGCUUUAUUCUUUGUUGUGCAGUCACAUCAGUGCAGAUGAGAAAAUGGAGGGUGCUUGAAGCAGUGGCAAGAGUUUCUGUAGGUGGGAUGUGAUUCCGUUUAUUGUCCACUACUAUGCAAUCUUCAAAAUCAACCUGGGACAUUGGUUGGGUUGAUUGUGUAACAUUUCUGUACAGGUUCAGGUUACAGAACAGUCGUUAGGCCUCAAGUUUCGACAGUUCAGAGUGCUCUCAUGUUUGGUUUGGUCCCAGGUUCAUGAUACAUAGUUUACAAGUGGGAGACAAUAUCAGCACUUCAUUCACAGUUUCGGGUUUUCAUUCCAGGAAGCACUGAGUUUUGAGGUUCUUGUCACUGCUGGGGAUCCUCGCUCAGUCGAACCCAGAGAGGAAAACUGGCUAUAGCCGGUCUCUCCUCUCUGGCUUUGUUCUUGAAAAGAAAAACAUGUUUGUAAAGAAAAAAAUCAAGAUGUACCAUAUUCUAGGUAUUUAAUUGCUGAUAGUAUACUACAUAUAUGGGAUAGUUUGGGUGUCUUUUUGUAGAUGUUUUGUUUUCACUAUCGUUAUUUCUUUAGGUUAAAUAAAUUAUGAACACUAGGUUGUCCUCAAUUUCCUUUGUGUGAAAUGAGGAACUGAGAAAUCUGCAGCACUCUAAUGAACACAUCCAUGACAAUCACACUCAUAGAAAGCUGUGCUUCCUUCUGAUGGAGACAUGUUGGCUGAUGUUAAACAAAGGGCACAAAUCUGGAUGUUUCAACAAGACUAAAUACGGCCGGGCUCAUUCCGCUCUUUCAGUCACAUCAAAAUGUGAAUCUAAUAAUCACUAAUCCCAUUUAAGCCAAAUGUUUUCUUUUUAAACUUGAAUUUUGUUAAACUUUCAUGUUAUGUGCUGCCUGAAUAAGCUGAACUAGUCUUAUCUUCAAAAGUGGGAGAUGAUAGUUUAGAUUCAGUUGUGCUUUGGUUUGGGAAAGGAACCAAACUUUCCAGUUCUGUGGAGGUUACCAUAUUGCACAUGCAAUCAGCCAAAGCUUAAAUCUCAUUCUUUCUAAAGCCAUAAAUGCCACCCAGACCCACUCAGCCGCCCAAACAGCUGUUAAACCUCAUUUAGACUUUUUUUUUUUUCAUUUCAGCUAAUGCAAUCAGAGAUUCAAAGCCAAUGGGGUCAGCAUACUUUGUAUUACUAGAAGAAAAAGACACUAGUAAAGUCCGAUUUUUGAAACCAAAUUUAGAUAAUGAUUGUAUGUAUUAUAUCAAAAAUGGGAGACCCCAACUCCUUGGAUUUAGCUAUAAAAUUGAAUGUUUUACAGUCUAAAUAUGUGAAUGGUUUGUUGCUUUUAAUUGGUCAGCUAUAAAGUUGUUAAAUGUUCUAAACUUCUCAUAAUGACACAAAUUAUUGGCUUCACAUUGACAAAAAAAACAAAACACAUGCAUUCCUUGUUUGGAUGUCCACAUCGUUAUUCAUUAUCCAGAUGCCCCCCCCCCCAAAAAAAAAACAUCCCAUCAAAAAGCUUGAGUCUGUGUCUUUUUCAGGUCUUGUGGCUGUCAGAGAUCAGUUGUACAUUUCUGUGUGUUAUUCAUUGUGUCCCAGUGGCUACAUAGUUGAUGGCGAAGUAGACAGCAUCUGUGAAUCUAGCUCCAAAAUUGUCCUGUUGUAAACUAGGCUGAUGUUAAAUGAUGCUAUAGUAAUUUUCUUGUGAAUGUAAUCCAGUAGAAUCUGCUGCUCAAAUCAGAGGGUCUUGUAAUUCAUCAAUUCAUUAGGCCACAAACACUAAAUUAACAGGUUUGUUAUUUCUACGAGGCUCAUUGUCGUGCUUAUCCGGCUGUUUUGCAUAUUUCACCCUCUUUUUUGAAUGCAGACUUCUGUGCAAAUCUAAAACUAGAAAUGACGAGUAGCUAAUUUGUCAAAGUUCGCUUAACCUGUGCUGUGAUAAUUCAGUUGCUUGAGAACUUGGUAGAAGUUCACAAAGUUUGCUUUCUUUUUACCCCCCUGCUUUUCUUUUAAAGCUUUUUAAGUGUGGGCUGGGGACCCUCUGUGUAACAGUGUCCAUGCCUUAGAUUGGUCAAAGCACUGUCAACUUAAACCAAGGAAGGUCAUGAAUUUUGCACAUAAGUUAAAAUUAGUAAAAGGUGAAUUCAAUCAGAGACUGAAAUCACAAAUGAUCUGUUGAUUGAAAUGGGAAUUGGAUUUUUUUUUUUUUUUAACAAAAAAAAACAAUAUUUUUCCACUGUGGUUAUUAGGGUUCAGUGUAGUUUGACUUGCAGCCACAUGGGGGCGGUAGAUGUUCUGUUACUGUCUGCUCUGUGCAGUCAUGUCUCCUUGACAGUGAUCACUGGUAACUUGCUGUAAAAGCCAUUUUCAACUUGGUUUGUGUAAAUGUGAACAUGUUAAAGAUCAUAAAAACUGAAAUAUGCUGCUGCACCACAUAAUUUUAUAAUGUUUUCAAUAAAAUCAACUGAAAACCUGAA